GACACUUUGAUCCAGAUCUCACAAUAGCAACACAAUAUAGCCCGGACCAAGGUCUACGAAAGAACUCCGGUACCAUUUGGAACUAGCGUUUCACGAGCAACAGAGACCUGAGAUAUUUCUAUGAAGUGAUAUAAACAAACAUUCUAACUGUAGACAACAUCCUCACCGCCUUGGAGUAUGUGUGAACAGCCCUGCACUGAAUUGCCCAAAAUGGAAGGCUGCCCUUGUCUCAUCUUCAGUGCUUUCAGUGCUACUGCCAUUCUACUUUUCACGUUGAUACCCAUUCUCCUCGCGCUCUACGUGCUCCAACACCGGUUUCUGCACCGGAUUGAGGUCCUCAUGACGCCCAUGCCAGGCUCAGUGAUUCCCGAAGCAUGUGAGGUUAUAGAGGGGACCAGCCAUCCUGAUAAGGUAACGCCUGACGCGCAGGAAGUUACUGUGUCUCCUGCUCCAGAGUUGCGUCGAAAUUUGAACUUGAUGGAUAGCCGACUGGAGGACAUCCAGGUUCCGGCUCUUCUGCCACAAAUCACCAAGAAGAUACCGGGGCCCGUCACCACCAGCGCCAUUGUCAAACUGGCCGAGGAGCUUCACCUGGGAGGACCUACUCCAUUGCUGGAUGGUGGAUUGGAUCACCUGCAAAUUCCUACGUUGGAGCCCAAGCGCAACUCAUCCCCAGCCCAGCUUGCUAGAACCUCCGCUUUCGGCGGCGAAGGAAAAUCAGAAAUUGUUCCAUGGGAUGGUAAGAUUCGCUGGGCUAUAGAGGGUCCCAGUGUCUUCGAUGACGAGGAAGAUGAGCUUGGAGCAUUCUACUUCCGUCCUAAUCUCUUGUCUCGUCAUCCUUUCUCGGACAUUUGGAUGUUUCAGUAUGGACUGCGAUAUGUUCCAGCUAAGGGUGAUGGAAACGUAUAUCGUACCGUCCGGAUCGAAAAUCUCCCGUCAACUCUAACCCUGAUGGAUGUUUUGCCUGCCGUUAGUGGUGAGAUUUUCUCAGCCCGUCUCACGGAUACCACUCCCAUCGUGGGAUCUAACACCGCGAUUCUCACGUUCGUUUGGCAGUCCGAUGCUGUUCGUUUUGCUCAGGCUUCAAGGAAUGGUAUACACGUCGGUCCUACAGUGGCAAAGGUUGUCCCCGUCAACACUCCAACCUACCCCAUCUCAGCUGAAUUGAAGCGAUUGAUCUUCAAGGAAGGCUACACACGCUGCCUCUGUGUGUCCAGUUUGCGUGAAUCCCUGAAGAGUGAAGUUCGUCGUGUUAUGGAGAAGUCUGCUCACUCCGAAUAUAUUGAGAGGAUUGAAGAUGGUCUUGUGCUGGGGGAGACCUACAUUCGGUUCCAUUCGAUCAAAGUGGCCGCUGCGGCUUGCGAUCUACUGAAAAAUCACCCGUGCUUUACCAAGUGUGUCUUUCGUUUCCUGAAGAAAGCUUCAGACAUGCGUAGCACUGUUGCCGGAAAGCGCACCUUUGGAACCAAAGAGCAGGAAAAGCGCGCUCGCAUCGGGAUUUGGGAUUAA